AUGCUGUGUGUCGGGAGCGAAAGGCGAGACGAACGCACGCGCUUCACAAAGAAAGGAAGCGCGCGCGGCGUCCACAACACACCGCUCCAUUUGCGUGCAAACCGAGGAAGGAGAGCAUCCCUCCUCAAGGAUUUUUGGAAAGGACUGGUGCUCCAGUUUGUGGAUCGGAGGAAUGAGUCCAGAGGAGAUGAGAUGGCGAUCGACGUCGACUUCACCCUACAGAAGCUGCCACUGACGCUGGUGGACCAGUUGAUUGCACCAAUAGACGACCCUUUGGAAUAUGGUGGUCCAUGUAUUCUCAGUUCUCAGCUUUCAGAAGAGCACAAUGACCAGUUUCCCUCUGAGGCCCAGGAGAACGAAGAAGAAGCAGAAGUAUACGCUGCAACCACUGCUGGACAUCGUGUGAAAAGACAACGGGUACAGAAGCUGCCAAAGAGCAUUAGCUAUUACGAUGAGGAGAAUUUAUUUCUUCUCCAAAACGCUGGCCAGAGAAGACAACGCUUUCCAAAGAUCAAAACAAAUGAGAAGUUUCGUUGUGAGGUCUGUGGAAGAUGCUUUCAUUCCAACACUAAUCUCUUGGUGCAUUACGCGGUCCACACAGGAGAAAAGCCUUAUAAAUGUAGCUUCUGUGAAAAGGGGUUCUCCCAGAAAGGGAAUUUACAAGCUCAUGAGCGCAUCCAUCGAGGAGAAAAACCUUUCAGUUGUGUUAUCUGUGGCAGGAGCUUCACCCAGAAGGUCUGCCUGCGCAACCAUGAACGCAUCCACAGAGGAGAGAAACCUUUUACUUGUAUGACCUGUGGAAAAGGGUUCACUCAAAAAGUCACCCUUCAACAACACCUCGCUGUCCAUGACAAAACAACCAAACGAGUUCGAAGGAAACCACGGAAAAACCACUGUGAUUUAGACUUCAGCUUUAUGUAGCAAUCUUCUCUUGCUUUCUCUAUCUGAGAUUGCUGUAGUUGUGCAAAAAUAAGUAGUUUUUUUAAUAUCUCUGUGUGUAAAACUAGGUCAAGGGUGUCCAAACUCGGCAAGGAGGGCAGGUGACCUGCAUAGUUUAGCACACUUCCCUGCAAGUUUCUAGAAUACCUAGAAAGAGCUUUUAUUAGCUGGUUCAGGUGUGUUUAAUUGGGGUUGGAACUAAAGUAUGCAUGACACUGGCCCUCCAGGACCAAGUUUGGACACUGGAGGUUAUAGCAGAUGUGUACACUCACCAGCCACUUUAUUGGGUAAUGCCUUGCUAGUAAUGGGUUGAACCACAUUUAGCCUUCAGAACUGCCUUAACACUUUGUGACCAAUUCAACAAGUGCUGGAAAUGUUCCUCAGAGGUGCUUAUAGUACUUAUUGGCAUGAUAACAUCACACAGUUGCUGCUGAUUUGUUGGGAUGUCCAUGAUCUGAAUCUCCUGUUCUGGCACAUCCCAUUGGGAUCUGGGACCCGUUUCAGAAAACAAGUUAAGUGAAACUCUGAGUAGGUUAACCCUGAAAUAAGGGAAACGCUGGGUUUUUUGAUUUCAGAAUGGAUGGUAUGUCAAAUCUGGGAGAGCAGAGUAAGGAAAGCCUGUUUCUAAAAGGGAAGUAACUUAUACUCCGAGUCUGUUACCAUGGUAAUUUACUGUAUGGCA